UCUUGUCCACAUAACUUCUUCAUUCCCAUGGCUGGAGUUCUAAACAUCUCUCAAGCUCCAAUUUUCCGGUCACUUCCCGGUAGUCGGACAACACCCAGAACCUCAGUCUUCAUUAGAGCCACUUCAGAGACCCCACUCAAUUCCUCUUCUUCUUCUUCUUCUCAAACAAGCAUCAAAGAACCAACACCAUUUACUGCCCCGCCUAAUUUCAAGCCACCUGAGCCAAAGCGGUUUGGAGUUAGACCCGACAAGGUUUUGGACAUCGUGGGGGCCUCUCUUGCUCUAUUAUUUCGGUUGGCCACUGGUGCUUUUGUUUCUGGGUACUCUGCAUCUUUUGUUUCCAAGGAUGAGAUUCCGCCUGGCCAGUAUGCUCUAGACAUAGCAGGUUUUAAACUCAAAGAGACCUCCAAGUUAGGCCCUCGUCCAGAGAAGCCUAUUGAGAUAUACGAGUUUGAAAGCUGUCCAUUUUGUCGAAAGGUUAGGGAAAUUGUUGCAGUAUUGGAUCUUGAUGUUUUGUAUUAUCCUUGUCCAAGAAAUGGUCCAAAUUUUCGUCCCAAGGUUGCUCAAAUGGGUGGAAAACAGCUGUUCCCUUACAUGGUUGAUCCAAACACAGGAGUCUCGAUGUAUGAAUCAGAUGAUAUAAUUAAGUAUUUGGUUGGCAAAUAUGGUGAUGGAAGUGUUCCUUUCAUGCUCUCACUUGGUCUACUAACGACUUUGACUGAAGGCUUUGCUAUGAUUGGUCGUAUGGGAAAGGGUUCUUCUUACACUCCAUCGAAAUUGCCACCCAAACCACUUGAAAUAUGGGCAUAUGAGCCUUCCCCAUUCUGUAAAGUUGUACGUGAAGUGCUUGUAGAAUUAGAGUUACCACACUUACUUCGCAGUUGUGCUCGUGGCAGCCCAAAACGACAGGUUCUUUAUGAGAAAGCUAAACAUUUCCAGGUACCUUACUUAGAAGAUCCAAAUACAGGGGUGCAAAUGUUUGAAAGUGCAGAAAUUGUGGAGUAUUUACGAGCAACUUAUGCUUCAUGAUAGGCAAUGCUUUUCAAGAGCUUCAGAGGUUUUCUUCUUAAUUCUCGUGUAAAUAUUCUUUGCCUCUUAUAAUCUUUUUCUUUUUUGGUCAUGUUAGCAUCCUGUAGGAGAUGUGUCAAUGUCUCUAUAUUUUCAUUUUUGAUAAAAUUAAGUGCCUUGGUAUGGGGUGUACUGGACAAGUGGGUUGCAUGUCAUUAUGAGAUAGAUAUAUGGGAGAUUUACCAUCUGCUGUUUCAGAUGAUAUCAAUGUUUCUGGGGGACACUUGGUUUUUCUUUUUCUCUUUUCCCACCUACAAACAAGAGGAUUGCAGUUGCAGGAAUUCAGUGGUGAUCUAAAUGUAACAAGUGGCUGUAAUGGGCUAGAUUAAGUGGUCUAGAAUAUAAACCACUAUUGUAUGUUAUUUUUCCUUUACAUUAAUUUUUAAAUUUUGUUAAAACAAUGAGAAACUUGCACUCUUAAAUCUUCUAAUUGAGAGGAAACAAGAAGUAAAGAAAGUAAUCUUGUUGACUCUGCGGAACUCUCGUGUAUCAAUGAUAUCUAAUACUAUUUUUUUGAUUCUUCAGUA